CGGCAACAGACUCGGAGUGCGGACGCUGCUUUCUAGGAGCUUGAGGAAGCCCUGCGACCGGCGUAGCUGCGUGUCUUGGUCAGGAAAAUGUCUGAUCAGGAGGAAGAAUUUACUGCUCAGAAUAUUCCUGAUGCGCCAGGAAAAAGAGAUGGUGUUUAUGAGACGAUCACUAUUCCAGUUCCCUCAGAAGACCUUCCCGAGUCAGAUCAAACUGAAGACAAUGAGUCUGAACCAGAAGAAAAUGAGCCUGAACCAGAAGACAGUGAGCCUGAACCAGAACCAUCUGGUGGGGGCCACGAAGUGCGUUCAGAGGCGCAGAGUGACCAGAGCGCUUCAAACCUGGAGAUAAAUGAGGAAGAACAGCUUCUGGAAGAGAUUAUGUUACCUGAACAAGCUCUGGAUUCUCCAGUAUAUUCUGAAAAGCACAGUCUGACUCAGUUGGAUAAUGCAAUACAGUCAACCAAGCAGCAAUCAGACGAUUACCAUCUGACAUUUCUGGAUAAAAUAAAGGCUGUAAAGGAAUCUCUGAAAACAUCAAUGCAACAGGCCUUAGCAACAGUAAAAGUUGUACUUCUUCCUGUGGGCCAGGAAAUUGUAAUGCGUUUUAGAAUUGACACUAUUUUAAAACACCUCAAGGAUCAUUUUGCAAACCAACUAAGUGUCCCAGCUGACGUACUGCAGAUAAGAUGUGCAGGAACGAUUCUUAAAAAUAAUGAGACCCUGCUACAACAUGGAAUUAAUGCACAAGAUAUUGUCCAAGUGGAAAUCUUUUCCUUACUUCCAGAUCUCUAUCCAAUCAGAGGAAUACAUGAAUUAAAUGAUGCCUCUCAAGUCAUAAAUGUCAGAGUGCAAACUGGCAUUGAUCAGUACGAGCAGGUAGCUGUUGAGAUUAUGAAAUCCAACUUACACAAACCAUUUCUUGGUGGAUUCAGACAUAAAAUAACAGGAAUAGAAUAUCACAAUGCCGGCACACAAACCGUACCUAAGAAGACUCUUGAAAAAUGCAAUGUAUUUUGUAGGGACACCCAGACAGUUUUUCAGAGAAAGAAGCUCCAACAAACUACAAAUACAACAUCCACACAGAUGACUAAGAUUGGUGUGUAUGUAUCAAAUAUGACUGAUAAACUGGUAACACCAGGAAAAUAUUUUUCAGCAGCAGAAUACCAUGCUCAAAGAUUAGCGGCGGUAAUAGUGUUACAGACUUACUACAGACAAUGGCAUGCUAAAAUCGUGGUAGAAAAUAUAAGAAGACAAAAAAUGUUAAGGCUGAAGUGGGAAGAAGAAGAAAAAUUAAGAAAAAUAAGAGAAAAAGAAGAAUGGAUGAAAUUGGACUAUUACCGGAGGCAUAAUCCUAAGACAAAAGAAGAUUUUGAACUUCUUUAUAAUGCACUGGAAUUGUGGCGGCAAGAAGAACUGGAAUGCAUUAACCAAACUUUCACCGGAGCUGAAAGGAAAGCUGCUUUGUGUGAACUUCUGGAAAAAGAGACCCAAUUAAUUGCUUCCAUUGGGAGACAUAGACAUAACGCUUACAUGGAAAACCAGGAAGCAUUAAUACAAGCGUUUUUGGAUAAGUGUUCAGCUCCAAAGGCAUGGAAAGCAUUUGAUGGCAAAAUAACGGAGAUGGAUACACAGUUCACCAUCAGAGCCAGAGAGCUGCAAAACAUCUAUCAAUGCAUUAUGCUGAAAAAUAUCUCUCAGGAUGAGAGGCUGGAUGUACUCUUAACACUUAAACAUACUGUGAAGGAACAUGAAUGUACUCUGACUCAGGAAAUUCUAGAAUUGAUUGACAGAGAGGUUGACCUGAUGAUGAGAGGCGUCAAGCAUCAUAACCUGGAAGGACUCAGAAAAAGAAUUUCAACACUCUUUCUUCAUUACCUCAAAACACCUUUGUUUAAUCCAGAAGUUGUGAGACACCUUAAGGUCCCUCAAGACCCAUUGAAGUUUUAUAAGAAGAUUCACUUUUGCCACUGUUGCCAGCUGUAUUUGCCUUCUACGGAGUUUGCUGUAUCAUCCACCGCACACCACGUAUACCGGUGUCGAAACUGCGUUAGCCUUGACAAUGAGACUCGAAAACGAGAAUCAUUUUUGAAGUACAAAUGUAUGCUUCAGCGUCUCUUCUAUUCAGAAGUUGAUUAUGAAGAUGAUUCGAAAAUUGCUUUCCUGAUGCAGCUGGAGGAUAUCCAGUACCUGACGGAGAACAUCUGGUCGGGCCAGUCAGUGCUCAGCGCCUGGAAGGACCUCGGUGACCUUGUCCUUGUCAGGUGGGAGAAGUCCUUGCAGUGGUCCCCCUGGAACUGCAUCCUGCUCACCAAAGACGAAGGUGCUGCUCAUCUCAAGCUAACGAGUAUUGAAGAGGGAUAUGAACCCACAUUUAUUCACAAGAUCAAACACAAACACAUCCUGGCUAAGAACUAUUUUUCUCAAAUUCCAGUGCUGGCUUCAUUUAUGUUUGAUGACGAUGAAAUAGAGGAGAUCAGAAAGCAAUGUCCCACAGAAACAACAGCUAAUUCUGUAGAAUGCCAGAGGCCUAGUCCAUAGAAGACCCAGGAGUAUUUGAUGAUCGGCAUUUUUGUCCACUGCUAAGAGAGUAAUACAGAUGUCACACAAUCUGGAAAUAGAAUUUUAUAUUUUUACUGAUUUUUAUUGUUUUUCAUAGUAUCAUAAGUUGUGUGAAGAGAAAACAUCCCUAUAUUUAUGAUUUAUUGUUAGACAAUUAGUGUUAAAUUGAAAUAUUUUGUUACUAAAAUUAAUAUUUUAAAGUAAAGAGAACAUUUUACGUAUUUUCACAUUAAAAGUUUUAAAAAUUUCAGGUACAUGAUAGUUAAAAUGAACAGACAAACAAAAGCUAGGCUUAACUUUUCAACCCAAGACAUUUAUUUUAGAUAAAAUGUAGUUAUCGAAGAAUAGUCAGUACUUGGGUGGGAGGAAACACAGAAUCACCUUUCUUGAAAAUCUGUACAGGUAGAAGUAAAUACACUAUGUUUUAAUACAGGGCUUUGAAUUUUUACUUUUUAUCUUCUACUUUCACCUUCCAUCAUUACAAAAUCCCAGUGAAAUAACUGAAACUAUUUGUAAACAAACAAACAAAAGGUACAGUCCAUGCUGGAAAACAGUGGAACUCUCUUUUAUCCUAGUGGGACAGGAAGGAAAACCCCCUAGCAGGGCAGUGAGGAAAACUCUGUAGGAGGAUAAACUUGAUCGAGUAAACUAUAGCAGUCCCUCCGUCCAAUAAACUGAGGGAAUGACCUUGACUGGAUACAUGCAAGAGACAUACAAUGAUGACCAUGGGUGUAUGAAUCAGUCUUACAGGAAAUAGGAGGUACACUGAAAAUUCAAGGAGAGUUUAUUCAGAAAGGGACUUAAUUUAAAAUGUGGGCAGGCAGUGUGUAGGGAAAGGAAAGGAACAUUGCAGGAACCCAGGGCCGGUAUCAGAUAAGGUGUAUCUACCCCUAGUCUCGAAAGAACCUGGGGAGGGAGAGUUCUGGAAAUCCAGAAAGAGAGUGUAAAGAAUAACUGAGAGGGUCAGUGACCAACUUUCAAGGGAACAGUCGGCCCUAGGUGAUCUCAUGAACUA